UGCAAGCCGACAACAUUCCCGGCAACGUCACGUGGGAGCCUGCGGGCAAGAACAGCGUCCUGCUGCGCUGGGAAGAGCCCAGGAACCCCAACGGGCUCAUCCUCAAGUAUGAGAUUAAGUACAGCCGUGAGAGUGAGGAGGUCACCACCGUUGUCUGUGUCUCCCGUCACCGCUACUCCAAGUACGGAGGUGUCCACCUGGCUCUGCUCCAGCCCGGGAACUACUCGGCCAAGGUCCGAGCCACCUCACUGGCCGGCAACGGCUCCUGGACAGGGCUCGUCAAGUUUUACAUCCUGGGGCCAGCUGAGGAGGAGUCGGGCAGCUUCUAUGUCCUGUUCACUGUCACACCUGUGGUGCUCAUGGUGCUCAUCUCCUGCCUGGCUGUCUUUGUCUUCUUCUACAACAAGAAGAGGAACAACGAUGGGUACCCCAGUGGGACACUCUACGCCUCCGUCAACCCUGAGUACUUCAGCGCCUCAGACAUGUACAUGCCUGAUGAGUGGGAGGUGUCACGGGAGAAGAUCACAGUGAUCCGGGAGCUGGGACAGGGCUCCUUCGGGAUGGUGUAUGAGGGGCUGGCACUGGGGCUGGUCACAGAGGGAGAGGAGACCAAGGUGGCCCUGAAGACGGUCAACGAGUUGGCCACCAUGCGGGAGCGCAUCGAGUUCCUCAACGAGGCCUCUGUCAUGAAAGCCUUCAAGUGCCACCACGUGGUCCGUCUGCUCGGCGUCGUGUCCCAGGGCCAACCAGCUUUGGUCAUCAUGGAGCUGAUGACACGAGGGGACCUGAAGAGCUACCUGCGUUCACUCAGGCCUGAAGCUGAGAACAACCCUGGGCUGCCACCACCAUCGCUCAAGGACAUGAUCCAGAUGGCAGGGGAGAUUGCUGAUGGCAUGGCCUACCUCAACGCCAACAAGUUCGUGCACCGAGACUUGGCCGCGCGCAACUGCAUGGUGUCCGAGGACUUCACCGUCAAGAUUGGAGACUUUGGCAUGACCAGGGACAUCUACGAGACGGAUUACUAUCGGAAAGGGGGUAAGGGGCUGCUCCCCGUGCGCUGGAUGUCCCCCGAGGCGCUCAAGGACGGCAUCUUCAACACGCAGUCUGAUGUAGACUUUGGCAUGACCAGGGACAUCUACGAGACGGAUUACUAUCGGAAAGGGGGUAAGGGGCUGCUCCCCGUGCGCUGGAUGUCCCCCGAGGCGCUCAAGGACGGCAUCUUCAACACGCAGUCUGAU